AUGUUGCCGUCCACGUGCCUCUCUGUGGACGGCGUCUUCGCGCCUCCAUUCCGUUGGGGACAUAGUCCCGACGAAGGUGAGGUGAAGAUCAACGGGCCAGUCGAGAUGAACAGCGUUGCAGCGGACGAGGGAGACCCAUCCGCGCCAAUUUCGAGCAAUCUCGAGCCACCGAUCCAACGUUUGGCCUUCAGUGCCCACUGA